AUGGCCAUGAGUCGUAUCCUCCUCCCGCUCCUCGCCAUCUCCCUCCCCGGCAUCAUUGCUGGGGAUGCCACCAAGCCGGUCUACGACACGGAUGGCAACGAGUUGAGCAGUGACUCCCAGUACUACGUCCGCCCGGCGGACGACAAGAAUGCCGGCGGCGACCUCCGCGCCCGCCAGGGCGAGCUUGAGGAGUGCCCGUUCUUCCUAGUCCAGGCACGCAGAGAGGACACCGCUGGCCUCGUGCAGUUCACUCAACGGAACAACUCGACCGGUGGCGCGGUGCAUCUGUCGAGCGACAUCACGAUCCACUUCACCCAGCUCGCCACUUUCUGCGUGGAAUCAACGAACUGGUUCGUCACCCACCGGCCGCCCUUCCUGUCAUCGCCGUCGGGGCCAAGCCAGUACGUGGCGGUCGGGACCCCGAAGGCCCACGUCGACCCACCUCUGGCCGAGGUGUUCCGCAUCGAGGAGCACGACGACGGCAAGACCAAGGGGUACAAGCUGGUGUCAUCGGCCGGCGAGGGCCCGAGCAAAGAUCUGGGCUUGCAUGCUUCUUCCAAGAACCGAUCGUGGAUGGCUGUAACCGGCUCGCCUUUGGUGGUCGUGUUCAAGAAAGGAUAG